CAAACUGAACGAUUGUUUUGGUUAGCCGUUGCACUAUGUCUGGAUCUUCUGAAGAAUCCUGUGGCUAUUCCAUGUGGACACAGUUUCUGCAUGGAUUGUAUCACAGGCUGCUGGAAUGAGGAAGACUUGAAAGGUGUUUACAGCUGCCCACAGUGCAGGCAGACCUUUACUCCGAGACCAGUUCUGUUCAAAAAUACCAUGCUGGCUGAUAUGGUAGAGAUGUUAAAGAAAUCAGGAAUCCAGUCUGAUUCUCCAACUCUGGUCUAUGCUGAACCCGGAGAUGUGGAGUGUGACGUCUGUACUGGGAGAAAAUGGAAAGCUGUCAAGUCCUGUCUGGUCUGCCUGUCCUCUUAUUGUGAAACUCACUUCAAGGCUCACAAUGACCUCUUCCCAGGCAGGAAACACCAUGUGAUCAAAGCUGAUGGUAAAAUAGAGGAUCUGAUCUGCUCUCUGCAUGACAAAUUGCUGGAGGUCUUCUGUCGCACUGACCAGAAGUGUAUUUGCAUGUUGUGUGUCAUGGAUGAACACAGUGGGCAUAAAACAGUUUCGGUUGCAGCAGAGAGAGCUGAGAAACAGAAAGAGUUGGGCCAGAGCCAGAUGAAAUGUCAGCAGACAAUCCGAGAGAAAGAAAAGCACCUGCAGGGGCUGAAGGAGGCGGUGAGGGGGAUGCAGCAAUCUGCUCAGGCUGCAGUGGAGGACACUGAGGGGAUCUUUGCUGAAAUGAUUCGCUCCAUUAAGAGAAGAUGCUCUGAGGUGACAAAGCUGAUCAGAGAUCAAGAGAGGGCUGAUGUGACGCAAGCUGAAGAACUCAUGGAGACACUGGAGCAGGAGAUUGCUGAGCUGAAGAGGAGAGAUGCUGAACUGGAGAGGCUCUCAAAAACACCAGAUCAUACCAGCUUUCUGCAGAGUUUUCGGUCUCUGUGUUCAUUAACCGACCCGGACCAUUCAUCAUCUGACAUCAGCGUCUGUUCAGUGUCUUUUGAGAAAGUGACCCAGAGUGUUUCUCAGCUGAAAGACAAACUGGAAGACUUUCUUAAACAUGGGGCAUGCAGUUUGACAGAGACUGCUCAAGAGAUCAGCCUGUUUCUUCCCCGGGAGCCCUUGACCAGGAUGGAUUUCUUAAAAUAUUCCUGUGACCUACAUCUAGACCCCAUCACUGCACAUGGAAGACUUUAUUUAUCUAAGGGAAAUAAGGAAGUCAUCUGCAAGACAGAGAGGCAGCAGCGUCCCAAUAAUCCAGAGAGGUUUGACUGGCAGCAGGUGCUGUGUAAAGAGAGUGUGUCUGGAAGAUGCUAUUGGGAAGUGGAGUGGAGUGGACUAAAAAUGUUCCCAGAAGAGGUUUUUAUAGCACUUUCAUCAAAACAGAUCACCAGGAAAGGAAAUAACAAAGAAGCUCAGUUUGGGUACAAUCAGCACUCCUGGAGUUUGAGCUGUUUGUCCUCUUCCUGCUCUUUCAUACACAAGGGAGAGGUAACCAACCUCAAUGUAAUCCCAAGCUCUAGAAUUGGAGUGUAUGUGGAUCACAAAGCUGGAAUUCUGUCUUUUUACAGCGUCCACGGUGACACAAUGACUCUCCUGCACAGAGUACAGACCUCAUUUGCUCAACCCCUUUAUCCAGGCUUCUGGGUAGGAGUGGGAUCGAAAGUAAAUCUUUGCCAUUAAUAAUGUCAUUUUCUUUUCUUAGCUGUCAGCUGGUGACCCCUUUAGUGACAAAUGUACCAUCACCAGGGUGAUUUGCCUGCUGUCAUCUCAAUUUAGCUUUCAUUGCAAACUACUUAGGCCUAUAUAAUAAUAUUAGGCUAAAUCUUUUUUAUGACAAAGCAAAAAGGUGGUUGACUGUUCAGUGUUGGUUGUUCAGAUUCUGACUGUAUAGACCACAGUGCUUCUCAUGGCAAUCUGCACACCAGGACCAGAGACUUUGAAUACAAUCAGCAGUUACAGUGUAUGGUUUCAGUAUGAUUCUUUCUGUAUAGACCCCUGUGCAUUUUCUAUAUCCUAUAACAUGAGAUGUGGGUCCAUAUUCAGCAUGGUCUUCCAUGGAGUUGACUGCUGCUAGUGCAGUCUUCACAAUGGAUAAUGUAGGCCUACUUCAAGACUUAAGGGAAUUCAUUAAUAUGCACAUAAGUCAUUUUUAUUUAUCGCUUUGUCAUAUUUUGGAUGUCUUUAUUACUUCAGUGACACCAGCAGUGUAUCAUUUUACAAAUAUGUGUUAGAUGAUGGGGUACAUGAACAAUUUGUAAAGGACAUGAAUAACAAUCUCCACAAAUCUGUCUUGAUAGUGAUCUUUCUGAACAAUGUAACUAAUGUGAAUUUUCCUGAAAUAAAAAUAAUCGGCUAAAUUAA